AUGUAGGUUUUUAUGAGGAUCUCUCACAGCUUCUCCUCGCUCCAGUUUUUUUUAGUGAAUGAUGGGAGCCAGUCUGCUGGAAGCCGUUUGGAUGGAGAGGAUUUUUUAUUGAUGAGAAGGAGACAUUUUGCUGCAACUUUUGGGGGUGUUUCUGUUUUAUGUUUGCAGCGGGAUGGGAGCCAGUUGCUUCCUGUGUGUGCUGCUCUGCGCAGCAACUCUGACACUUGGAGUUUUUGGUAAAGAUGAGAACAGCAAGGUGUACAGGUGGACCAGGCAGAGCCUCCCGCUGCUGCUGGACACACACACUGAGCCUUUGAAUGUGCCUUUGUUCAGAGGGCAGGAGGAGGAUGAGGACGGAGGAGGGGCGAAGACACUCUGUGGAAUAGAGUGUCAAAGCAGCCUGCCACCUGUAGACCAGGAUGAGCAAGAGAGGAUUCUGGGAUACGAGACAAUGUAUGAGAACGGCACCCGCACGCACACAGAUAUCAGUUUGUGGGGUUUCAACACGACGUCUGCAGGAGUACCGGCCCGCCCACCAGCUCGCACCCGCAGGAAACGACAGGUUUAUGGAGCAGAUGGACGCUUUGUGAUCUCUGACUCACACUUCAUCACCAACUACCCUUUCUCCACCGCUGUUCGUCUCUCCUCGGGCUGCUCCGGAGUCCUGGUAUCCCAGAAACACGUGCUAACGGCAGCACGCUGCAUCCAUGAUGGGAAGGACUACCUAGCGAGUGUCAGGAGGCUGAGAGUAGGGGUGCUGCAGCUCAAGAGUAAGAGAAGAAGAGGGGGUAGAAGGAGAGGAGGGCAGCAGAUGGGUGGGAGGAGAGGAGAGGAUGAGGAGCAGGUGAUAGAGGAAGGUGAGGAGCAGAAUAGUAUAGAUGGAGAUGUGGGGAGAGGGAGAAAGGGAGGCAAAGGCAGGAGGCGCAGAGGAAGAAGAGAGGGUGAGGAGGGUGCAGCUGAUCGUGGGAAUAUGGGUGAGUCAGAGAGAAAAGGGAAACGAAGACGCCGUAUACGACGUAGCGAACCCAGGAAGCAGCCUGUCUUCCGUUGGACACGAGUCAAACAAACCCAAAUCCCCCAAGGAUGGAUUCAAACCAAGAGCUCCACCAACUCAGUGUCCCCCGACUACGACUACGCCCUCCUGGAGCUGAAACGACCCCUCAAGCAAAAGUACAUGGAGCUGGGAGUGGCACCCUCCGCCACCCUCCCAGCACGGAUCCACUUCUCAGGCUACGACGUUGACAAAAGCCUGCUGGACGGGCGUGGAGACGAGAAGGUGGUUUAUCGGUUUUGUUCGGUGGCAAACGAGUCAGAGGAUUUGAUGUACCAGCACUGCGAUGCACAGCCGGGCGCCACAGGCGCAGGCGUUUAUGUUCGUCUGAGACAGGAAGCAGGAGAGGAAGGCAGGAAAGGGAAGUGGCAGCGGAGGGUGAUUGGGGUGUUUUCAGGCCAUCAAUGGGUGGAGGCGGAUGGGGGCGAGCAGAGGGACUUUAAUGUUGCAGUGAGAAUUACUCCACCUAAAUACGCUCAGAUCUGUCACUGGAUCCAUGGAGAUCCACAUCUCUGCAAAGAGGUUUGACUGCAAAGAGAUGGACCUUGAAAAAGGUUCAGUUUCAGAGAGACUCAAACAUCUGGGUCUGUGUAUAAAACAAACAAACAAAAUCAUAGGAGUGGUCCUAAACUUUGACUUAUGUGUUGAUGUUUUAAUGUAAAGAGUAGGACUUAGAUGCUUUGUACAAAUAAGUCAAAAGUAACUAGUAGCAUAGUGUAAGGCUGCGUCCAGACUGCCGGCAAAAAUGUCCCAAUCUGAUUUAUUUUUUUCUGAUAUGUGAAUCAGAUCUGGGUUUUUCAUUACAGUGUGAGUAGCACAAAUCAUAUGGAGUCUGAUCUUUCAACUCUGAUUUGGGCCACUUUCAUAUGUGGUUCAAAAUCAGAUACAGGUCUGAUUUUUGGCAAUGUGGCCUUGUUGUACACAGCCAUAUCGAAGUUCAGUUAUGUCACCUACAGAUGAGGCGCUUACAGAUGUAGUUAAAAGUACCCCUUAAUAGGCAAAAUCUUUUUCAGUAAAGCCAUUCACGUCAAGAUCCCACCACUCCUGGCUCCAGCAUGAGGUGAUGUUUUUGUAAAACAUGCUCCUGGAUCAACAUCCCACAUCGCCUUCCUGGACCAGCACGACAAACAAUCACAGCUGUGCUUCUUUCAAAUUUCCUUUGUGCUUCUUCAGAGCUAAGCUAGUUUUCCAAAAUGAAGUUAAUAAAGUUGAAGAAAAUCCUCAAUAUCAUUGAACAAAUAUAUUAUGAGCUACUGCAGGGUUAGUGAGUUAGCUUUCUAACAAGUAAACUUGCCAAUAGGCUAGAAUAUUAUCAAGUUAGCUUGCUAACUAGGUAGGUUAUGCUAAUUAGGCUUGCCAAUAAGCUAGUAUAUCAGAGAAUUUGGUUUCUAACUAGGCUAUGCUAACAGGUAAGCUUGCCAAUAUGCUAGAAUAUCAGCAAAUUAGCUUGCUAACUUGGUUGGCUAUGCUAAUAAGUAAGCUUGCCAAUAGGCUAGAACAUCAGCAAGUUAGUUUGCUAACUAAAUGGGCUAUGCUUACAAGUAAGCUUACCAAUAAGCUAAAAUGUUGGCGAGUUAGCCUGCUAAGUAGGUAGUCUACACUAUCAAGAAAGCUUGCCAACAGGCUAAAAUGUUAGCAUGUUAGCUUGAUAACCAGGUAGGCAACGCUAACAAGUAAACUUGCCAAUCGGCUAGAAUAUUAGCAAGUUAGCUUGCUAAGUAGGUAGUCUACGCUAUCAAGAAAGCUUGCCAACAGGCUAAAAUGUUAGCAUGUUAGCUUGAUAACCAGGUAGGCAACGCUAACAAGUAAACUUGCCAAUCGGCUAGAAUAUUAGCAAGUUAGCUUGCUAAGUAGGUAGUCUAUGCUAACAAGUAAGGUUGCCAGUGAGGCUAAAACAUUGUUUAUUAACAUUAAGAAUAAGGAAAAUGUAAUUUUGCAGUUGAACUGCGAAGGACACAUUUCCCUCCUUCUUCAUAGCCUAUUCAAAACUUUUUUUUACAAGAUUGCAGUGCUUGUGUUGAUUGCAGUGCUUGUGUUGACAUGUUGACCCUGGAUUAUCCAUAAUCAGCAUGGUGGUGAUGAUGAUGGUCCUGGAUAAACCUAACCAAAUCAAUCCAGGAUCAACACUGGAGGGAAAAUGUGUUAAUCGUAGCAAUUUGCAACUGAAAAUGAUAUUAUCUACGCUCUUUGAUAGUGAACAAUAUUCUAGCCUAUUGGCAAGCUUACUUGUUAGCAUAGCCUUCCUAGUUAGCACGAUAACUUCCUAACCCUUUAAUGAUUCUAAAGAUUUUGUUCAAUGGUUUUAACUUCAAGUUGGGAAACUGAAGAGACACAAAGGAAUUUUGAAAGAAGCCCAGGGGCAGCACACUGAUGAUGACAGAGGGCUGUGAUUGGUUGAUUGCAGUGUUGGUCCAGGAACGUGAUGUGGGUAGUUGAUCCAGGAGCAUGUCCUACUUAGUAAAAUCACCUUGUGCCCUGGCUCUGAGACUGCAUCCACACACACACCUCAGCACAGAAGUAGCAGCCAUUUCUUCUCAAAAAAGCAAUCAUUAGAAAUUUGUCUCUCUUUCCUUGUUCAUCAUCUGCUCACAAAUUCACUUGCUUCCACUGCACACCAACAUAUAAUGAAACCCUAAAUGCUGACAUGAGUGGCCUCCAUCUUUCUGCUGUGUGUGACAUCUGAGUUGCUUUUGUUUUGCACAUGCAUGUCAGUUCAGGACUGUGACCAGUUCACACUGGAAUCAGAUACUGGGCAUGUUUAAAAUACAAUGUAAAUAGCAGAAUUGAGUGCAGACUGCAGUGUUGUCAAGGACUACAAUCAUGUCUUCCAAAAAUGCACUUCCUCCUGCCUCCAGAGGUUAUGAGUCACGGCU